AUGUCCAAUGAAUCAUCGUCAAUUGAGGUUGCUGUACGCAUACGCCCCCCAACGGAUGAAGAGUCUGAAAAGCUCCCUCCCCCCGGCUAUUCUGUGUCUAACACGUUCAAUGGGGACGGUCAUCUAACAGCCGCUCCUAAAAUGCAGUCUUAUCCAUUGAGACGCGUAGUUGUACCUUGCGACGACCGUUCGCUCACAUUCGACCCGCUGGACGAGGAGGCCAGUAGGGUCUACGAAGCAAAGGGUUAUUACCCCGGAAGAAAGCCGUUCAAGGAUCAACUUUACAUAUUCGACCGAGUCUUUGAUCAAGAUGCACAACAAAUCGAUGUAUUUGAAGGUACCACCAAAAAACUCCUUGACGGAAUAUUGGAUGGGUUCAAUGCGACAGUAUUUGCCUACGGCGCCACAGGUUGUGGAAAAACACACACAAUCAGCGGUACCGACACCGAUCCAGGGAUCAUUUACCUAACUAUGAAUGAAUUGUUUCAACGGAUUAGGGAAAUAGAGUCCGAACAGAUUGUCCAAGUUACGGUUACCUUCCUCGAAAUAUAUAACGAAGAUAUCAGAGACUUGCUGGCCGAACCUGGAUCUUAUGCUCCCCGGGGUGGCUUGACUCUACGAGAGGACAAGUCGAAUCGUGUCGUUGUAACUGGGCUUGUUUCUCGCAGUCCCACUACAGCAGAAGAAGUUAAACAACUUGUUCUGGACGGAAACUCUAGGCGUACCCAAUCUCCUACUCAUGCCAACCAGACUUCUUCGCGCUCACAUGCGGUUCUUCAAAUCAAUGUUACGCAGUCUCCUCGUACUGCGUCCACAACAGAAUGCCAAACUAGUGCCACCCUUUCGAUCAUCGACUUGGCCGGUAGCGAACGCGCGAGUGCAACAAGGAAUAUGGGCGAACGUAUGCUCGAAGGUGCAAAUAUCAACAAAUCAUUACUGGCUCUGGGCAAUUGUAUUAAUGCACUAUGUGCAACCGGCGGUCGUACUCGACAUGUCCCCUAUCGUAACUCGAAGCUCACUCGUUUGCUCAAGUUCUCUCUUGGCGGUAACUGUAGAACGGUCAUGAUAGUCUGCGUUGCACCUACUAGCGCCCAUUACGAGGAUACUCAAAAUACGUUGAAGUACGCAAAUCGUGCCAAAGAAAUCAAAACCAAAGUAUCGCGAAACUUCCUUAAUGUCGACCGCCACGUCGCCCAGUACGUCGAGGCGAUCAGCCGGCUCAACGACGAAGUCGCCGAACUCAAGGCCAAGCUUGCCGGGCGUGUUUCAGGAGAUAACGAAGCAGACGCGCGCAAAAAACGUGAGGCCCAGGCCGCUGCUCUGCGAGCAAGGGAUGAAAUGCAACGCAAAGUCGAUUCUGCUGGGCCAGGUCUCGUGGAUGGUGCUCGUAGCCAAGCUGCAGUAGCUGCGGCGAAAUUACGAUUGACGGCGUACAGGACUCGAUUGCAACAGCUCGAUGCUCAACCUACACCCCUGGGUUCUGACUCGGACAAACAGGCUGAACGUUCUCUCCUAAUUAACUUGGCUUCGAGAGAGGAAUCUAUUAUCCGAGGGGCAGAAGCUCAGAAUGUAACCAUCACUCGCGCCAACGAGCUCUUCGAGAGUCAAAUCCGAAGCGUUGCCGACCGGAAGCUGGGCGACGACAUGUGCAAUGACCUUGUUCGACUGGAUUCCAAGGCGAAGAGAGCGGAACUGGGGGUGCGCAAGACAGAGGCACGGGCAAGCGCAUUGGAAGACACGGUCACCGAACUCAGCGAGAUGGUUGCGGCACUUUCGGGUGUUGUAGCGCGCUGCUCGGUCAUGAUGUCCGACGCUGCCAGUAUGCUGAAGGAUCCGCAAACCGAAGAUACCGAAGAAAUUAUGCGUGCUGUGUCUGGCGCAUUGGCGCGGGUUUCUGAAUCAAACGCACAAACCUUGUUCAACGUGCUGGGCCAAUCAGUGGGACCCGGCCAAGGCUCCUCGUCGUUACUGUCGUUCAACGGUCAUGUGGCUACGAACAUAUCACGUAGGAGCUCUGUUGCCAAACCCACGCACUGCCCUCUCUCCUCGGCGCACUUUCAAGCCGCCGCGCGUGUCAAUAACAACCGACGGCAAUCCAACAUCAGCAUUACGUUGUCUAAAGCCCCCGUUCUUCCGCCCGUAACGCGAGUCCCUAAGAAGGCAGUCCAAUGGCGCGACCUGGCCGGGGAGGGUUCUCUAGACGAUGCCCGUACUGCUGUUGUUCCCGAGAAAGUCUAUCCGGUGCCAACAGCCGAUUCGGGUCCAAGCACCAGCUCUGCGAACGAAAUGGAAUGGGAAGAUGCUGAGGAUGCCGUGGCGUCGUCUGGAGUACCAGAGGGUAAUGGAAAGCAGAAAGAAGUUCUACCUACCGAUGCAGAAACCUCCCAGCCCGUCCCUCCUCCCAAGCGUCGGGGCAGUCGCCUAGAGUCUGGGUUUCUCAAGUCGCUUGGAGGUGGCUCCAAGGCUCUAGGAAGUCUUACCGAAGAAACCCCUCGAUCUGUGCGGACCGGGCUCGCAGACGUUUCAAAUCAGGUUAGAUCUAAUUUGGGUUGGGGAGGCGCAAGUGGCCUUCCUGUUCCCGAGUCGAGCACGCCCACUCGCAAGAUUGCACCACUCCCUGGAGAUGACAGCGUCGUUUUACCCCCGAAACGUGUACCGGGGUCCGCGGUCAAGACUGCACGGCGCCGGUCCGGACUCGGAUUGGCCGUGGCCAAGGCACGAAGACGGUCCAGCUUGAUUCCAACCCUGUCUCCCCAUGUGUUGAGUACAGCUACUGCUGCCUCGACUGGUGGCGCCAGCAGUAGUUCGGCUGGACCACAAAGGCAGCGGGUAACCCCUUCAACUGUAGUAUCUCCCCAGCGAUCUCCCUUCAAGAUUCGCAUGGGAAGCAUCGGUCACACAAUGCGGGCGAGUGGAGGAAGACUGUCGCUUAUGGGACCCGGCCCUGCGCGCCAGCCUUUGAGAGCUGCCAGGAUGGGGAACGAGAGAUUUGCAGGGGAUCAGAGUAUUGACUUGGGGUCUGCCAUGCGCAUGGGUACAGGCUCAGGAAGGCCGCUCUGGAAGUAA